AUGAUUGAGCUGACUGCAGAUGGAAAACCUCCAAUACACAAGAAAGACACAGAGACUCCCCAUGCCUCUCAGAUAUAUUUUGAAUCAAUGUUCCUUGGCCAUAUCCCGGCGAAUGUUAAGAUCCAUAAAAACGUGGGCCAUAUUUAUGGGUUCAAAGGCUGUAUACGAGAUCUUCAAGUAAACAACAAAGAAUUCUUCAUCAUUGAUGAAGCACGACGUGGAAAGAACAUUGAGAACUGCCAGGUCCCUUGGUGUGCUCGUCGUCUAUGCCAAAACAAUGGCACCUGCAUCAGUGACAGUGAAAACUGGUUCUGUGAGUGUCCAAGGCUAUACUCAGGCAAGCUGUGCCAGUUUGCAAGUUGUGAAAACAACCCAUGUGGAAACGGUGCCACCUGUGUUCCAAAAUCCGGAACAGAUAUUGUCUGUCUCUGCCCAUAUGGGAGGUCCGGACCCCUCUGCACUGAUGCUAUUAAUAUCACUCAGCCCAGGUUCAGUGGUACAGAUGCCUUUGGAUACACUUCAUUCUUGGCUUAUUCACGGAUCCCAGGCAUCAGCUUUGAUUAUGAAUUCCACUUGAAGUUUCAGCUGGCAAACAACGAUUCAGCACUGCAAAAUAACUUGAUAUUUUUUACUGGACAGAAAGGCCAUGGGCUGAAUGGCGAUGACUUCCUGGCAGUGGGUCUGCUCAACGGCAGCGUGGUUUAUAGUUAUAACCUGGGCUCUGGCAUAGCAACUGUCAGGAGUGAGCCCCUCGAUCUGAGCCUUGGAAUCCACACCGUCCGACUGGGGAGGUUCUUCCAAAUGGGCUGGCUGAAGGUAGAUGAUCAUAAAAAUAAAUCCAUCAUCGCCCCAGGAAGACUGGUUGGUCUCAAUGUCUUCAGUCAAUUUUAUGUAGGUGGCUACAGCGAAUACACUCCAGACCUCUUACCAAGUGGAGCUGAUUUUAAAAAUGGUUUUCAAGGUUGUAUUUUCACUAUUCAAGUUCGUACUGAGAAGGAUGGUCGUUUCAGACACCUGGGAAAUCCUGAGGGCCAUCCGAAUGCUGGGCGCAGCACUGGCCAAUGUGAUGCUUCUCCUUGUAGUUUAAUGAAAUGUGGCAAUGGUGGGACAUGCAUAGAGAGUGGAUCUACUGUUUAUUGCAACUGUCCCACUGGGUGGAAAGGAACAUUCUGUACUGAGACAGUUUCCACCUGCGAUCCUGAACAUGACCCUCCACACCACUGUAGCCAAGGAGCAACCUGUAUUUCACUGCCUCAUGGAUACACCUGCUACUGUCCUUUAGGAACCACUGGAAUCUACUGUGAACAAGGUGACUUUUUAUGUAUCUCUUUAAUAAAUGGUUUUGUUCAACUUCGCUACAAUCUUGGUGACAAAACUAUCAUUCUAGAAACUCUCCAAAAAGUAACUAUUAAUGGAAGUACUUGGCAUGUCAUAAAAGCAGGAAGAGUUGGUGCAGAAGGCUACCUGGAUCUGGAUGGGAUAAAUGUAACAGAAAAAGCAUCCACUAAAAUGAGUUCCCUGGACACAAAUACAGACUUCUACAUUGGAGGAGUAUCAUCCUUAAAUCUUGUAAAUCCCAUGGCAAUAGCAAAUGAACCCAUAGGUUUUCAAGGUUGUGUUCGAGAAGUUAUUAUAAAUAAUCAAGAAUUACAAUUAACUGAAUUAGGAGCAAAAGGUGGUUCAAAUGUAGGUGACUGUGAUGGGACAGCCUGUGGAUACAACACGUGCAGAAAUGGGGGUGAAUGGGGUUUUGAAUAUGGUCGAAAGGUAAAUAUUGUUACUCAAGAGAUUUUUAAAAGAAAUUUUGUUGGCAAAAUUAAAGAUGUUACAUUUUUUCAAGAUAAAAAGAAAAUCGAAUUAAUUAAAUCAGAAGGAUAUAAUGUUUAUGAUGGAGAUGAACAAAAUUAG